GGACACCCCACUUUUAAUACUCAAAGCAACCAACCCACAUCAUAUGCAAUUCGUGAAACUCAGAAUGGGGCAUGGUUCUGUACACCAACCCUAAAAAGAGAAACAAACCCAGGUUCUAGAGCCUCAACUAACCAUGUUGGGGAUUAUACAUCUCGUGACAAACUAGCUACAUGCAAUGCUUUUGUUAGCAGCUAGAGAUCACGUUACUUCUCAGGCCUUUUAUUUUACAGAUGAUAGGAUUUGAGUAGAGAGAAACAAAACGGAAUCAGAGACACAAGAGAUAGAGGAAACUUGAAGGCAAGCUGAAGAUGGCAACGAAAGAGUCAAGCUCUGCUGGUUCUGGUUCUGGUUCUGGUUCUGGUUCGGCAACAGGGGACGCUAAAAUCAAGAGGGUAGUGACCCAUGGAGGCAGAUAUGCACAGUACAAUGUGUAUGGCAACUUGUUCGAGGUGACUUCAAAGUAUGUCCCUCCCAUUCGCCCCAUUGGCAGAGGUGCUUAUGGCAUCAUCUGUGCUGCUGUGAACUCAGAGACGCACGAACAAGUUGCCAUCAAGAAGAUUGGUAACGCAUUUGACAACAUUAUUGAUGCUAGAAGGACACUCAGAGAAAUCAAGCUCCUUCGUCACAUGGAUCAUGAAAAUAUCAUUGCGAUAAAGGAUAUAAUACGACCACCGAAAAGGGAGACAUUCAACGAUGUAUACAUUGUUUAUGAAUUGAUGGACACUGAUCUUCAUCACAUCAUUCAUUCUGACCAACCUCUCACUGAUGGCCACUGUCAGUACUUCUUGUACCAGCUGUUACGGGGACUGAAAUAUGUGCAUUCAGCGAAUGUGUUGCACCGCGAUCUGAAGCCGAGUAACCUGCUCAUGAAUGCCAACUGCGACCUCAAGAUUGGCGACUUUGGAUUGGCAAGGACUACUUCUGAGCAGGAUUUCAUGACAGAGUAUGUUGUCACCCGAUGGUACCGUGCCCCCGAGCUGCUCCUUAACUGUUCUGAGUACACCUCUGCCAUUGAUGUCUGGUCUGUGGGAUGCAUUCUUGGUGAGAUUAUGACCCGAGAGCCCUUGUUCCCUGGCAAGGACUAUGUUCAUCAACUUAGGCUCAUUACUGAGUUGAUAGGUUCACCUGACGAUGCCAGCCUUGGGUUUCUCCGAAGUGAUAAUGCAAGAAGAUACAUCAAGCAGCUUCCGCAGUACCGCAAGCAAAAAUUUGCUGCUAGGUUCCCCAAUGUCAUGCCUGAGGCACUUGAUCUCCUAGAAAAGAUGCUCAUGUUUGAUCCUAACAAGCGCAUCACAGUUGAUGAGGCACUUUGUCAUCCAUAUCUAGCAUCACUUCACAACAUCAAUGAUGAGCCUGUUUGUCCGAGGCCAUUCAGUUUUGACUUUGAGCAUCCAACAUGCACUGAAGAGGAUGUCAAGGAGCUCAUAUGGAGGGAAUCUGUCAAGUUCAAUCCAGAUCCACCUUCUCACUAAUUGAUUUCUGUUACCACAUAAAUACCAUCAUCAUCCUAUGCAGAUGAUUUGCUAGGGACAACAAACUUCUCUUCCUUUGUAAUCUUAGACCUAAAUGUCACCAACCAGGGUAUAAACAAAAUUUCUCGUGGA